UACAGUGUAUGCCUUGUGGUGAUUCGCGGGGAUUGGUUACCCAAAAAGAGGAGUACUUGACUUUGAAGCAGGGGCUGGUUUAAAGAUAACUGUAGGCCUUUGUCUUUUAAAUAGAUGUACCUCCAGGAUCAUUCUUCUCUGAAACACUGUGAAGUCAUCUUCCAGCAUGACAUCGUUUAAGCACAUUGCCAUCCUUGCACUGAUUGCGAUCGGGGCUUUCGCCAACGACGCAGUUAACGACGAUCCCAUCCUUGAGAGGGAAGCAAAAGGAUUGAAGGCACAAGGACUCUACCAGCAACAAGUCAUCAUCAACCCGCAGGAUGAUCCAGCGUGCUCUGGGACCGUCUGUAACUACUCUAAAAUUCAAGAUAUUGUUUUCGAUGAAGUGAAGAGCGUCAAACUUGAACUAGGCCAGAUAAAGGAAUCAGUCUCAGAGCUAGUUGAGCUCCUGAAAAAAACGCCAGUUACCCCACCUACGUCUCCCAAAGACUGUUCUGAAGCUUUUACAAACGGUGCAACAGCCAGUGGUGUGUACACGGUUCAACCUGAAGAUGAUGGCAGUCCGUUCGAGGUGUACUGCGAUAUGGAGACAGACGGUGGUGGAUGGACCGUGUUCCAGCGGCGUCAAGAUGGUUCUGUUGACUUUUACCUUGGAUGGGAGAGCUACCGCCAGGGGUUCGGUAAUCUAGACGGUGAGUUCUGGCUUGGCAAUGACAACUUGCAUCGACUCACCGCUCAGGGUGAUUACCGACUGCGUGUCGAUCUUGAGGACUUCGAAAACAACACCAGAUAUGCAGUAUACAACUCGUUCCGCGUCGCUAAUGCGAGCACCAACUACCAGUUGACGGUGGGAAACUAUUCAGGGACGGCCGGUGAUUCACUGCUGUACCACAAUAACCAAGCCUUUUCAACUCGGGACCGUGACAAUGACUCUUCUUCCGGUAACUGUGCCACUGGUUAUGCUGGCUCGUGGUGGUACAAUGCCUGUUUCCGUUCAAACCUGAACGCCAAUUAUCUGCGUGGGCAAACGAGUGUGUACGGUAAAGGAGUAGUUUGGAGAUCCUGGCGGGGAUAUUACUACUCACUGAAACAUAGUGAGAUGAAAAUAAAAGCAUGAAUCCAGCUUUUAUUGCCAGUGGGUAGCGAGUGCAGGUCCUCUUGUUAAUAAUCAGCCACCACAGAAUCAACCCAUAGACCAUCGUUAUCUCUAUAGACCCAAAAGUCAGAACAAUAAGAUAUUACUGAUAUUGACGUGUAAGAUUUACAUUUUCUGUUUCUGGGAAGCUGGACUCGGUUAAGAGUGAAUCCUUCAUUCAAUAAAGCACAUCCCUGUCCGUCUCCCGUGGCAUUAUACGAGUGUGAUAACCACGGAGGAAUAAACCAAACCGUAAGCUGUUUUUCCUCAUGUUUCAAGUUCAAUUUAAACACUGUCAGGAGCUAGGCCUACCUCAUUUGUUUUUCGCUGUUAUGGUAGAGGGGCACUUUUAGGUAAUAAUGAAUUAAGUAUGUUCUUUUGAGUAAGGUGAGAAUGGUUUCAUUUAAGGGUUGUGGGUGUGCAAAUAUUUUACAGCAGAAUAUACCCGUGUUACUCGGAAAAAAUAGUUUCGAAACCAUCAGAUCACCCAUUUCUAGCAUUUGAGAACAUCAUUAUAACAUGAUUAUAAGCAUUUCAUAGAUUGCUCAUCAUCCGUCGGUCGAUCCGUCUCUUGCAUGAUCGAACCGUUGUUGAUACUAAUUAGGCGGUUGGUUAAAUAUAAUUAUGCUCGAUUAGCACAGGUCCAUGUUUUGGAACGGUUACAGUGGUAAUACAUGUAUCUGUUUUGCUUGUUUUUCAUAUUCAUUUUCAAUUUCAUAAUUGUUGGUGGAGACACACUGACACACGCUACUCGAUUAUUUCUCGCUUCUUUCAUUUGAAAACUUAAAUUGGUAACAAGUCUGCUUUCGCUCCAUCAAUUCAUAAGAAACCGAGCAGAUCCGGUGGCGGAUAUAAUAUUAUGCUUUACAGUGUAGGCAAAUAGCACGGAUGCAGAAGAUAAGAUCAGCAAGUGACAAUCAUUUUACUGUAGUCUUUAGGUCACGUGACAUCAGUCUUCAAAAUAAGUUCAACUUCAAUUAAAAAAAUAG